AUGAAUGAUAUCGAGAUGUUUUCUUCCAGUAGCAGUAGUGAAUACGAUGAUUCUGAAGAUGAAUACAAAAUUGAAAAGAAAUCAACUUUGCGGAAGAGAAGAGUUUCAGAUGUGAGUUUGAAAGAAAAUAUAUGAUUUUGUGAGGUUUCGAGUAAUCCAAACAAACUUUGAAACUAGAUUGAAUGACAAAAUCCAGAUUCGCGAUUCGCGCGCAAAAUUUUUUUUUUUGAAAAAAUAACCUUGGCCGAGUUUUUUUCUGGCCGAAUUGUUCGGAAACUCGUCCAAUGUUUGAAAAAUUAUUUUUCUUUUUUGUUCGCUCGAAUUGCUUUUUGCGCUGUAAAUUGUCAAAAAUGCUUGAAGUCUUGAAUAUAAUAAUUUCAGAGUGAUGAAGGUGAAGGAACAUCAAAAAGGAAGAAGUUGCGAAGAAAUGUUCGAGAGAAGGAAUCGAGAAAAAGUGCUGAAAAGAUAGAAGAUAAAAAUGGUCAAAGCCAAGACUUUUUUCCGCGAAAUCAUGACGCUGAUGAAGAAACGAGAAUGGUCUUGAAUGCAUAUUUGGUGAGUUUCUUAAUUUUUGAAUUUCCGAAAAACCUAUGAGAUUUUUUAGAGUAAAAAGAAAUCGAAAAAGUCGAAAAAGCCAACUUCCGGAAGUUCCUCGAAAUCAGAUGACGAAUCGAAUCUGUUUGCUGACAAGUUAGCUGGUUCCAGGUAAUUUUGAAAUGAGAAUUUAUGUAUAUGGUAUAUAAAUUUGAAAUUUUUAGGUCAAUUCAAGAAUUCGCACCGAAUCGUAAAACAAUCUACCAAAGUUAUCAUCCAAACAUGAUUGAUCAGAAUGGGAAUAACAAGACGCCAUCUUUUAUGAUUUGGAAACAGCCGUUCAAAAGCCUCGUUCAUCAAAAGAAUGUUUCUGAUGUCAAUGAAACUGUCAAGAACAUUGUCCAGAAGAAAAUCAAACAGCGAUUGGAAAUCCGCAAAAAUAGUGAGUUUUUUAUUGAAAAAAAAUGAGUUUUUUUAUUUGAAUAUUUUCUAGAUCUAUUGGCAGACUUCAUGGCAAAAUAUAAAGCUCGUGUUCCAUGUGAAAAUCCAAUAAAUCAAGUUUCCGAUGCUCGUGCGAUUUCAAAUGAGGACAAAGAAGCAAUAGAAGAACCGGAAGAGAUUGUAGAAAAUGAGGGAGAAUAUGAAAUUGAUGACUAUGAGCAAGAUUUGCAAGCGGAAGAUGAUGAGGACGAGGAGGCAGGUUCGUAUUGUACAGAUAAUUUUUAUUGGUGA